UCCUGGUCUAUUUUUAUCGCACUGAUCAAAGUUUAAGUCCUACAUUCUGACCCAUUUUUGAUAACCAGUCGUUAUUUGUUGGUAACAUUGCAAGGAAAGAAAAAUGGAGCGCAUAAGUGUUAUGUUUAAUCAUUUGUCUUCAAAUAAUGACAUUGUAUUUAAUCAAACAGCUAGUGGAACUAUUCCACGAUUCAAAGAUACACCAGAUGACAUAGUUAUUGUUUCUGCUCUUAGAACACCGAUUGGAAAAGCGAAGAGGGGAUCUUUCAAGGAUACUUAUCCAGAUGAACUUUUAGCUACAGCUUUGAAAGCAGUUAUUAAACAGUCUGGUAUUUCACCAGCACAAAUUGGAGAUAUCUGUUGUGGAACUGUUGGUGAUGGGAGAGGUGCUCUUACAGUCAGAACUGGACAAUUUAUGGCAGGUAUUCCAGAAUCUGUACCAUCAUCUGCGGUGAAUAGACAAUGUUCUUCUGGUUUACAGGCAGUCAUGAAUGUGGCAGGUAGCAUAAGGAUGGGACAGUGCAACAUGGGAAUAGGAGCAGGAGUUGAAUCAAUGUCAUUCCAUAGGGGAGAGAACAGUAAUGCUCCAAUGAAUCCAAAAAUAUUUGAGCAUGAAAUGGCAAGAAAAUGUUUAAUACCAAUGGGAAUUACAUCAGAAAAUGUAGCAGAAAAGUAUGGAAUUACCCGAGAACAACAAGAUAACAUGGCUCUUGCAUCACAACAAAAAGCAUUAAAGGCAACAAAGGAUGGUUUAUUUAAAGAUGAGAUUAUACCAACAACAGUGACCAUCAAGGACCAGGAUGACAAUGAAAGACAAAUAACUGUAACCACAGAUGAUGGAAUUAGACCUUCAACAAUUGAAAACUUAAGGAAACUUAAACCAGCAUUUAAAAAAGAUGGUACAACUACAGCAGGUAAUUCAAGUCAGGUGAGUGAUGGUGCUGCUGCAGUGUUAGUGGCCAAGAGAUCAGAAGCUGACAGACUAGGGCUACCUAUAUUGGGUGUAAUCAGAGGGUAUGCAGUGGCAGGCUGUCCUCCUGAACUCAUGGGUAUUGGACCUGCUGUUGCCAUUCCUGAGGUUUUAAAAAAGACAGGAUUAUCAGUAAAUGACAUUGAUAUAUUUGAAAUAAAUGAAGCAUUUGCCAGCCAGGCUACUUAUUGUGUAAAUAAAGUUGGUAUUCCCAUGGAAAAAGUAAAUCCAAAAGGUGGUGCUAUUGCCUUAGGUCAUCCUUUAGGUUGUACAGGAGCUAGGCAGAUUGGAACAUUAUUACAUGAGUUGAAAAGACGAGGAAAUAGAUCCUAUGGUGUUGUCUCUAUGUGUAUAGGAACUGGCAUGGGAGCUGCAGGAGUGUUUGAAUAUCCUGGAAGAUAAGAUCAACAGACAAAUCUAUCAUAAAUGUGAUUCAAGUGAUUCAUUAAACAGACAAAUAAAUCAUUACCUAUAAUAUUAAUGUGAUUCAAGUGAUUCAUUAAACAGACAAAUAAAUCAUUACCUAUAAUGUUAAUGUGAUUCAAGUGAUUAAUUAAACUGAUGAUUAAAAUCAAAGCAGCAGUAUUGAUUGUACUGAUACACUAAUCAGAUUUGUCCCUAAAGGAUUGUUCAUGUAGUUCAAAUGAUUAAAACAUUAAAAUC